AUGUCGGACCGCGUAGCGCAAAUCGCAUCUCACCUGAACUACCCCAAGGGUAUGCUCGCCGGCCAAGUCGCCAUCAUCACCGGCAGCGGACAGGGAAUUGGCGCCGAAGCAGCGCGCCUCUUUGCCAACGAGGGCGCAAAGGUGGUCGUCUCCGACAUUGACGGCAAAAAGGCGCAGCAAGUUGCAGACAGCAUCACUGCCGCAGGCGGCCAAGCAAUCAGCGUGCCCGGCGACAUGCUCUCGGCAGACUACAUCACCACCCUCGUCGCCAAAGCAGCAGAGUUCGGCGGCGGCAAGAUCCACCACAUUGUCAACAACGCCGGCUACACCUGGGACGGCGUCAUCCACAAGAUGACGGACAAGCAGUGGGACACCAUCAUCGCGCUGCACUCCACGGCCCCGUUCCGCCUCGUCCGCGCCGCGGCGCCCUAUUUCCGCGUAAAAGACGGCGAGAACCGCUGCGUCGUCAACAUCAGCUCUACCUCGGGCGUCCACGGCAACGCGGGCCAGGCCAACUACGCCAUGGCGAAAGCCGGUGUUACGGGCUUGACCAAGACGAUUGCCAAGGAGUGGGGACCUGCGUUUGGUGUGAGGGCGAAUACUGUUGCGUUUGGGUUCAUCAAGACGCGGUUGACGGAUGCCAAGGAGAAGGGUGCGUUUAUCACCGGGCCGGAUGGUGAGAAGAUUGCGCUGGGAAUCCCACAGGCGCAGAAAGCGACUGGGGCGGCUGAGCAGGAUGCGCAUGCUGAUAUUCCGCUGCGGAGGCCUGGCUCGCCUACUGAGGCUGCUUCUGCGGUGCUUGCUGUGGUUAGUCCGCUGUUUAGCUAUGUGAGCGGCCAGACGAUCAUGGUAACUGGUGGCCGGAACAUGUAA